AGGAAACCAUUGUUAACAACACAGGCAAUGCCCACUGAGAAGAAAAAAGUUGUGGAGCAACCGAAACCUCUGACUGGUAUGUGGACUGUCAAUGCCAUUGGUCGCUUAGGUAAUUUAAUGGGAGAAUAUGCCACACUUUAUUCUCUUUCUAAGAUGAAUGGUCGACAAGCCUACAUCUUGCCAGAGAUGCACAACCAACUAUCAAAGAUCUUUAAGAUUCGACUGCCAGUGCUUAACCGUGAUGUAGCUAACCGUAUCAAAUGGAGGGGUUAUGGACUUCAUGACUGGAUGUCUGAGGAUUACCGACAUAUUGAAGGAGAAUAUGUUCAUUUUGGUGGCACCCCAUGUUCUUUUACAUUUUACCACCACAUAAAAGAUGAGAUUCUUCGUGAAUUUACAUUCCAUGACUUUAUUAAAGAAGAGUCUUAUGCGUAUCUGAACAAUGUGCGUGGUGACAAGAAAAAUUUCACUUUUGUGGCUAUACAUGUCCGUCGAGGUGACUAUGUGCAUGGUAUGCCCAACACAUGGAAAGGGGUGGUUGCUGACAAUGGAUAUUUUCCAAAAGCCAUGGAUUAUUUCAGGAACAAGUAUGAAAGCCUGCUGUUUAUUGUGACCAGUAACGGGAUGGACUGGUGUAAAGAAAACAUCAAUAAUUCAAAGGGAGAUGUUCACUUUGCUGGAGAUGGUCAAGAGGGAUCUCCUGGACGGGACUUUGCCCUCCUGGCACAUUGCAACCACACUAUCAUGACUGUUGGAACCUUUGGUAUUUGGGUGGGGUAUCUGGUUGGUGGGGAAACCAUCUACUUAACAAACUACACACUGCCUGACUCUCCUUUUCUUAAACUUUUUAAAUAUGAAGCUACUUUUCUCCCAGAAUGGAUUGGAAUUCCCGCAGACCUCUCUCCACUGUUGAAUAACAAACAACCUUAAUGAUAACUUAGGAACUCCACUGGAGUUUAACAUAAUACCAAGAGUAUU